AUGGUGAGGGGAUGGGCCCCACAGACGGCGAUACUGGCCCACAAGGCCGUCGGAGGAUUCAUGACACAAUGCGGAUGGAACGCGGUGCUGGAGUCAGUGGCGACUGCAGGGGUGCCGUUGUUGACGUGGCCGCUGGUGUUUGAGCAGUACAUGAACGAGAGGCUGGUGGUGGAAGGUGUUGGGAGGGAGGGGUUAGAGUUCGUAGCGCGUCGUAGGAGCACGAUGGAUAAGGAGAGGGUGGUGGUGCCCGCGGAGGUGAUCGAGAAGGUGGUGUUCCGAUUCAUGGGCGGCGAAGGUGGGGCGGUGAGAUCGAGGGUGAAGGAGUUGGCAAAGAUGGCGUGUUGUGCGGUGGCGAAGGGCGGAGGGUCGCGGAAUGAUUUCGACUGUUUGAUCGGUGAGCUUAUGGCGACAAAGGAACUCCAGAUGAAAAAGGAACACGAGCAUGCUAACUAA